AGUAUAUGGGAACUGUGAUUUUUACCUAAUGUAAAUCUUAUGUUUAUAUUUUCAGAUUCGCUGUCAAAAGUUUACUUAAUGUAAAUUAAUGUGCAAUACGUAUUGAUACAUUUUUUAAACUUUCAUAGUUAAACAUAAAAGUUUUAUCGAGUGAGGAAACGACUGUGUAUAUAUAAUACCAGGAACCAUAGUUCAUCCUUAUCAUGUCUCUAAGUAAAUUGACGGGCCACAGGUGGCAGUGCAAUCAACGUAUGUUAAUAUAUCAUAAUUGGUUGCGACAGACGUACAUACAUAUAUACAAUUUGAUAAACUUUUGGAAUGCUCACGUAGGGGUCACGUGAUGUGAAUCAUUUUGAGAUCGACAGACUGACUAUACCAGCGAAUCUGUAACGAUCGAAGUUCACUUUGUGGCUGAAGAAAGUUCUUGGUUUGCUGUAGGAUUUUCAAAUUAUGGAGAAUUCAAACAUGCAGACUAUUGUGUCUUGUGGAUCGAUUGGCAUCGCCAUAUGCAAUUACAAGACGCCUGGGCUGAUGAAGAUGGAGAAUUAAACCUGGAUCAGCAGCAGGAUUGUGAAAGCUUCGACUGGAAGCAGCGUGACAAUAUCACCAAGUUCACUUUCUCCCGGAAAUUUGAUACCUGCGACAAUCACGAUUACAUAAUAGAGAGGGGAACAACUCACAUAGUAUGGCUAAAGGGUCAGGGUCCCUUGUCAUCCUUGGCAGGUCUGCGAGUAUCCGACGCCAAAAGUUCCGGAAUGUCAAGAACGGAAUUACUGAGAACAUCACAUCCGGCGCCAGAGUGGCCUUCCGACGCUUGGGAACUGGAAUUGCUGGUGAACAGAAUAAAAGUACCAAAUAGAGAAACAACGUAUUGGUGUCGUGUACACAAACUUCCGGAUUCAUUGAAGCAAAAACAUCAUAUUCUUCAGUUUGGACCUGCCAUACAAACAGGCAAUGAACACCUGGUGCAUCAUAUGGAAAUUUUUCAUUGUGCUGGACUAGCCAAUAUUCAAGUUCCUCAUUACAAUGGUCCUUGUGACGCUGCUGAUCGUCCAGAGGGAACUCAAAUUUGCAAGAAAGUCCUUGCUGCUUGGGCUAUGGGUGCUGAUGCCUUUGUUUAUCCGAAAGAGACUGGUUUACCUAUUGGAGGAACAAAUUUUAAUCGUUACGUCAUGCUGGAAGUGCAUUAUAAUAACCCAGAAUUACAAGACGGUAAUAUAGACUCCUCUGGAAUCCGUUUCGUUCUUACCAAGAGCCUGAGGCGUUACGAUGCUGGAGUAAUAGAGCUGGGAUUGGAAUAUACCGAUAAAAUGGCGAUACCGCCCAAUCAGGAAUCCUUCACGCUAUCCGGUCACUGCAUUUCCGAGUGUACAGGAGUAGGAUUGCCACAAAGUGGAAUUCACAUUUUUGGUUCUCAACUGCACACUCAUCUAACCGGCAAGAGAGUCGUGACACGUCACAUCCGUGACGGCAAGGAAUUACCUUUAUUGAAUUACGACAAUCAUUACUCCACUCAUUUUCAAGAAAUCAGAUUGUUACCAAAACCCGUCACUGUUUUACCGGGCGACGCUCUGAUAACUACAUGUACCUACGAUACUAAAAACAGGAAAAACGUAACACUUGGCGGUUUUGCCAUUUCCGACGAGAUGUGUGUGAACUAUAUUCAUUAUUAUCCCAACACGCGAUUAGAGGUUUGUAAAAGUGCAAUAAGCAACGACGCUCUGCGUACGUAUUUCCGGUACAUGAGAGACUGGGAAAAUCAGCCAACGAGUAACGAAGCUAUAUCUGCUAAUUACAAUGGAAUAGAAUGGACCAAAGUGCGAGUGGCUGCAUUGCACGAUCUUUACGAAGCAGCGCCAUUAGGAAUGCAGUGCAAUGCAUCUGAUGGUUCGCGAUUACCUGGUCUCUGGGAAAAUGUCGCAGCAUCUCCAGUUUCACUCCCAUUAUCACCACCUGCUAGGGAUUGUACCGAUUUUACAAAAAAUGGCCUAGAAUCGGAAUAAUAUUUGCGACUGUAUUCCAAGGUAGUUAAAAUACGCGUUACGUCUUUCUUUGGUGUAUUGAAUUUAGCACUGCUGCUGAAUAUUGUCUAAUAGAACUUGACAAGUGCGCUGCUCUCUGAACAAACAUGAAGAUGGCCUCCAGCAGUUUCUUUGGUUACUUUACUUCAGAACCACGCUCGCCCUUAGGCGGAAGAAUAAUUUGAAUUAAAACCCUAGAGCAAAGCGGUAACUUUUAGAAAGCUUCUUUCGUGGGCGAAAAAUAAAGCCAAAGUACAAACAAAGUUUUAAAAGUAGAGCCCCUCAUGUGACGUACACAUAUUAUGCAUGAAUAUAUACAUAUUUCCACAUGUCUCAUUUCUGCUAAA